UCGGCAGAGGCUCCGACGGCUCCCGGCCCCGCUCCUCGCCCGAACGUCUGCCCCUUGCACCCGCGUCCCAACCAUGGCAAGAAACCACCAAGUGCAGAAGGCCAAGCUGGCCGAGCAGGCUGAGCGCUACGAGGACAUGGCGGACUUCAUGAAGGCGGUGGUGGAACACGGGGACGAGUUGUCCAACGAGGAGCGCAACCUCCUCUCCGUCGCCUACAAGAACGUGGUGGGGUGCCAGCGCUCGGCGUGGAGGGUCAUCUCCAGCAUCGAGCACAAAACCGAAGAGGGGGACGACAAAGCGCAGCUGGUGAACGAGUACAGGGAGAAGGUGGAAAGGGAGCUGAAUGGUGUCUGCAAGAACGUCCUGGCCUUGCUGGACAAGUAUCUCAUCAAGAAGGCGAGCGAUCCCGAGAGCAAGGUCUUCUACCUGAAGAUGAAGGGUGACUACUUCCGAUACCUGGCCGAGGUGGCCACCGGAGACGACCGUAAGAAGACGAUAGACAGCGCCCAGGAAGCCUACCAAGAGGCCAUGGACAUCAGCAAAAAGGAGAUGCAGCCCACGAACCCCAUCCGCCUGGGGCUGGCCCUCAACUUCUCCGUCUUCCACUACGAGAUCGCCAACGCCCCCGAGCAGGCCAUCUCCCUGGCCAAGACCACCUUCGACGAGGCCAUGGGGGACCUCCACACGCUCAGCGAAGACUCCUACAAGGACAGCACCCUCAUCAUGCAGCUGCUCAGGGACAACCUCACGCUAUGGACAGCCGAGUGCGCCGGAGAAGACGGCGGCGAGGCUGGCGAAGAGCCCAAGAACUGAACGGCCCCCGCGGAGCCGGGGACCGGCCCCCACCUGCCCUCCCCCCCACACACCCUCCAGUCCCUUCGGCAUCUCUUCAUGGUUUAAGUUUUGUUUUGGUCUUUUUUUGUUGUCUUUUUUUUUUGGGGGGGGGUGGGGGGAAGGUGUCUUGGCUCCCCCAUGCCUCCUCCAGCCUGG